AGUGCACUGUGACUUGUCAUAGAUGGAUUGCCUCAUAGAUGUCACCAAAAAUGGCCAACACAGCUUGCAUGACGAUUCUGCUUUUUCAGGUUUUGAAGCAAAAAUGACAAAACUGAAGCUGUUGUACUUGGCGUAUAUCAUGAGAAGGCAAGACUCACUGGAGAAGACAAUGUUAUGGAAAGUCAAUGGCAGAAGAGGAAGACAAACUCUGAGAUGCAUCUUUUCUGUAAAAGAAGCCAUGGCCGCGAGUUUGCAAGAGCUGAGCAGGGCUGUCAAGGACAGGUCAUUCUGGAAGGCAUUCAUUGAUAAGGUCUCCUAAGUCGGAGAUGACUUGAUAACAUGAAACAUAGUAAUUCACAUGUCAAGGCAAAGUUACAGCUGUGUUACUGAAGGCAGAAGUUUUGCCCUUUCCUUUUGGUUGUUAUACUUACAAUACUUCAUCCUAGAUAUUACAGGGUCUGUCUUUUUUUCUCUUCUCUCUCUAACAUAUACAGAGACGUAAUCAAUUUUAGUUUGGGCCUGUAUUGAUAAAAGGCGGUACUCUCUUUUAUGCCUCUAAAAUAUAGAGUCAAUAUCAAUGCCAUCUGUUUGGUCAGGGAAAUAGUUUCCAGUCCCAAUUACUAGUAAAAUGAAUAUGUAAGAAAAGAUGAAAGCAGGCAAAUAAAAGGAGAAAUCUCUCUGGAAGAACAGACCAGACUUGUGAGGGAAAGCUAUGCCCUCAUUGUAAUUUUACUUUAAUAGCCACUUCAUAAUUUGAAUUAACCUCCAGCUUGUUUGUACCUUUCUGUAGGCAACAUCUUCCCUUUGAACAGGAUUUUUGUAUGAUAGGAAAUGCGUGUUCCAAUGAAUUAUUAAAGAUUUGGCUUUAAAAUGCACGCACAAAAGGUUUAUGUAAUAGCCGCAAAUCUCACACACUCUGGAAUUGGAGGAAGACAGGGCCAUAAACAGCUGCCUUCUGUGAAGCUUCACUUACAUAAAUAAAAACAACAGAGUUGUGACACCAUAAAAUUAGCAGAUUGUACUACGGUAAGUGGGUUCUAUUUAGUCCAUGAAGGCUGGUGCUAUAAUAGAAUUAGUUUCUUUAUGUUCUUUGUCGUGGCCUCUGUGCAUCACACAUAUGGGUGCUGUGCCUGCGCAGUGUCUUUGGCCGGAAGAUUGAAAGCUAAUGGUUUUUAGCGGGAAGCUCCGCUCCCCCUCCCCCCUAUAGCUUAUAUAGAGCGGAGCGUUCACCAUUUUGUUCAGUCUUUGCGACCGCCAUUCGUUGUGCCUCAUGCUGCUUUCGUUCUCGCUUUGACCAUUCCUCGCUUAUUUAACCAGUCUGUUUGUUCUUCUUCAAGUUACAGAAUCCCUUUCGUUAGUUCUUGUUGUUCUCUGGUUAUUCUCUUGUUAUUCCUUCAUUCUCACCCUUUCUCUUCAAAAAAAAACCAAAACAAAAACCAGAAAUAUAUUCUUACCCUCUGUACUAUCUUCUCUUUUUCCUUUCUAACGAUGGCACAACGAGUAGCCUUCCGCAAGUGCGUGGAAUGCGGGUCUAAAAUGUCCCCUGCGGACCUGCAUGACCUAUGCCUCCUCUGCUUGGGGGAAGGGCAUAGGACAGACAAAUGCUCGCACUGCCUGGCCUUCUCGAAACAGGCCAGGAAGAAUUGGGAGAACCAUCUCAGGAGACUUCUGUGGGACCGUGCACUCCUACAAUCGGAUCCACUAGUCUCCCGCCCUGCUCCGGCCACGGCUGCGGCUACCUGUCCGGCCCCGCCUACUGUGCUGGCUUCCUCCUCCAAGACUCCGCCCUCACGACCUUCUGAUGAAGCUGCAUCUGCUCUGGGCGAUCAGCCUGCUUCCACGCCAAGGAAGAAAAGCGAGAAGCGGAAGCACAGCGGCUCCGAUAAGCCGUCUGAGCACAAGAAACCUAAAAAGGAUAAGGCGGGAAAGCCUCCUCGAAAGCCUAAGGACCUGGAGCUCUCUAAGUACCGAGACUCGGGUUCAUCGGCCGCCUAGGUCCCGACGGCUGUCGCGGUACCGACACCACUGGGGCCGACGCUCCAGGAGGCUAUGAGGGUAACCCCCCCGCCAGGUCCCCUCGAUGACUUGUGGAACCGGCAUCGGAGCCCAUUCAUGCUCCACUUAGGGAGUCCAUCUCUGACGGGGAAAUUCGGAAUUCCCCUCCCAGGGCUAGGUCCCCCACGCCUAUGCCCUCAACCGGACUGGAUGUUGAGAUGGGGAUGUCUCCUCCUGGAGGCCACAGAAGUAGAUCAUCUGAGAGGAGAACCGGCGAGUGGUAUCAUCCUCACUCUUCUUUCUACCAUGGAUGGGGGGACUACCACUCCAUCGGACAUUAUCCAGCCCCUAGGGCUUAUUCCUCUCCUCCACCUCCUCGGGACUGUCCAACAUCCUCGAUCCCGAGACAUGCCGCUGUGACACCAACCAGGGAGAGCAGCAGGUCCAUGUCACCAGCGGAGUCUUCUUCCUCUGCGCCCCCAUACUAUGGGGCUGCUUCUGAUGGCUCUGACGUGGACUCCACAUCACCGGACGUCGUGGUGACCUCCCAGGGCCCUGGGUCCCCCAAUGAAUCCUACAUCUCCUUCAGGGAACUGAUGUCGCGGCUGGUCCAGUCAUUGGAAAUUGACACCAUACAAUGACCUGGCCCAAGCACCGACAAAUUUUACGAUGUCGUUCGCGGGGAGCAAUCAACAUCGAUAGUCUUACCGCUCAUCACCACCUUACGGCAAGCUAUGGUGCAGCCGUGGGACCUGCCUAGCCAUCUGCAACCGACUUCGAGAAGGUUCGAAUCCAUGUACUGGGUUUGGGAGGAGGACAUCCUGUUCCUUCUCCAUCAUCUGAGACCGAACUCGGUCAUGGUUGAAUCCUCCCAGGGCAGGGAAUCCAGGGGACACACCGCGCCCCGGGAUAAAGAAGGCAGAAAAAUCGACUCCCUAGCCCGCCGGGUCUACGCUGCUUCUGGGCUCGGCAUGAGGAUUUUGAACUAUGUGGCGACACUGGCUCAUUACCAGUAUUUCAUUAUGCAAUGCCUCAACAAUGUUGUCUCGAUGCUCCCAGGCAACCAAGGCAAUCUCGUGAAAGUUUUAAUUAAAGAGGCUAUGCAGGUCGCGGUCCAGCAAUUGUCCACUGCACGUCAUCACGUGGACACAGACUCUAGGGCCCUGGUCGGUGUCGUCUCCCUCCGGAGGCAUGUGUGGCUAUGCAACUGCAGUUUUCUGGAGGAGACAAAAAGACGCAUAGAGGAAAUGCCCUUUGACGGAUCCAGUCUUUUUCAUGCGAAAACCAACCACAAACUUAAGAAGAUACACGAAUCCAGGAUGACGGCUCGACGGAUGGAGCUCCAACCACAAGCUCGACGUAAGUGGUCUUGGACCCAUCCGUCACACUGUCAAUCAUACCAACAAAGGCAGCAACCUCCAUACUGACAACAACAACCACAGCGCCACCGUCAACAGCCACCACAGCACUACCAACAAACCUGUCGUUGCUUUGAGGUCAACAGGAGGUGAUGUUGACGGGAUGGGUGAACCAUUCCUCUUCUCCAUAACGCACCCACCCCUCUCUCAUUUGGGGACCGGCUAAAAGGCCGACUCCCCAUUUGGCAGUCCAUCACAUCUGAUUGGUGGGUGUUAUCCAUCUUACAACACGGAUACCGAAUAGAAUUCGACAUCGUUCCUCCUUCGAGCCCGAUUUGGUUCACCCCAGCCUCACCAGUACUGAUCGGCGAAGUUCAACAGCUUCUUCGUAAAGGAGCAAUUCGUCAGUUAGCUCAAACGGAAGGACUUCAUGGAUUCUACUCGAGAUAUUUUACAGUUCCAAAGUGGGACAGUGGUCUUCGACAUAUACUUGACUUAAGGGGUGUCAAUAAGUUCAUCACCCCACAAAAAUUCAGGAUGACCACCCUUCAAAAUAUCUUACCGUUGCUAAGGAGAGAGGACUGGUUCGCCUCACUGGACUUGAGGGAUGCCUAUUUCCAUAUUUCAAUCCAUCCAUGUCAUAGGCGUUUCCUCCAUUUUGCUGUUGCGUCUGAGGUGUACGAAUUCACGGUGCUACCAUGCAGACUGGCUACUGCACCUUGGGUUUUUACAAAGUGUAUGGCUCCCGUCUGUGCGUUUCUACGACUGCGAGGACUUCAGAUUUACCCUUAUCUUGACGAUUGGUUGCUAGUCUCCCAAACCAGACAAGGACUUAUUGCUGCGAUACAGACAACUUGUUCCCUACUACAAAAGUCUGGGACUUUGUAUUAACAAUGAGAAAUCUUCUCUUGUUCCUGCACAGAUUAUCACGUUCAUCAGAGCUCGCCUGGACUCCAUGAUGGCAAGAGCAUUCCUGCCACAGGACUGACAGCAAGCUCUUGCUCAGCACAUCCAUUUGAUCGUACAAGACAGGACUGCUCCUGCCCGAUCCAUACACAGACUCUUGGGCCAUAUGGCUGUGUCAGUUGCCAUUGUCCCUCAUGCCAGACUUCGUCUUUGUCUUCUCCAACUCUUUUUCAACAAAGUGUUCCGGCCGCAAAGCAACGUUCUGACGAAAUUACUUUGGAUCCCAUCUUCUGUCCUUCACUCUCUACUGUGGUUGACAGUUCCGACCAAUCUAAAUGAGGGGGUGCCUUUCUGACCCCGAUGCCCUUCGAUAUCUCUUGGUACCUAUGCAUCCCUGCUGGGAUGGGGAGCAGUGUGCUCCGACCUGCGGACUCAGGGUGUAUGGAAUUGACAAGAAUCCAAGAAUCAUAUCAAUUUCCUAGAACUUCUGGCCAUAUUCAAGACUCUACACUCGUUCGAGGACAUUCUUCAGGACCGAAUAGUUCAGAUAACCUCAGACAACAUUGCAACAGUCUUUUAUCUGAACAAACAAGGAGGGACGAAGUCACCGACAUUGGCCAGACUAUUGAUGCAAAUCUGGGAAUGGUGCAUCCCGAGAGACGUUACUCUGGUGGCAGUACAUCUUGCCGGUACGGACAGUGUGGAAGCCGAUCUUCUGAGCAGACACAUGUCCGCAUCUCACAAAUGGGAACUAGACCCCCUGACACGCGACCACCUUUUCCAUUGCUGGGGUUUCCCAGAAAUAGACUUAUUUGCCACCCGACAGAACAGGGUAUGCGAGACUUUUUGCUUGAGAGUGGGAAUCGGACACGGAUCAUUAGGGGAUGCCUUUAUGAUCCCUUGGAACAAUCUGAACAUUUACGCUUUCCCUCCGAUCCCCCUCAUGAGAGUGAUAUUGAAGAUAAUUCACGACGGGGCCACAGGACUGCUGAUCACCCCUUGGCGGCUACACCAAGUAUGGUUUUCUACACUUCUUCGCAUCUCUCAAGAAGAAUACCUUCAUCUUCCACUCAUUCCAUAUCUCAUUACCCAGCGAGAAGGCAUGAUUUGCCACCCAGAUUUAGCGUCAUUGAAAUUGACAGCCUGGCGAAUCCGAUAACUGUUGACACUGACUCGGUACCAACGGCAUCUACACGUGAUUCGGAUCCUGUCCCCGGAUCCGACACGUCGCUACACACUUUGAAUUCAGUCGUCUUUCCCAAGUCAUCAGAUCCAACGAAUGUUCAGUCGGCUCCGACAAAUUUUCAUCCAGACAUUCAACACAUUCUUGAUUCUGCGUUAAAGCCGUCAACACGAAAGUCAUACGCAGCUAAGUGGCGACGAUUUUCUACCUUUGCUGAGUCUCAUUCGUUCCUUCCACUCUCAGCAUCUACACAUCAAAUCCUUCAAUUCCUAUUAGAACUUCACCAUUCUGGACUGAAGCUGUCUUCUAUAAAAGUUUACAUGGCAGCAAUUUCAUAUUACCAUGGCACAGUUGGAGGUCCAUCCAUUUUCUCUCAGCCAUUUAUAAAGAGAUUCCUCAAGGGACUUUAUAACCUUAACCCAACGGUCAGACCGGUGAUGCCUACAUGGAGUCUUUCCGUUGUCUUACAGGAGCUUACAAGAGCUCCUUUCGAACCCUUGGUGACAAUCGAUCUGCGUCUUGUUUCCUGGAAAAAGGCAUUCCUGGUAGCAGUAACGUCAGCUCGAAGAGCUAGUGAGCUCUGUGUUGUGCGUUUAGAUCCUCCAUAUUUAAAUUUCCACAGGGAGAAAGUUGUUUUGCGAAUGGAUCCAUCCUUUCUUCCCAAGGUGACUACCUCCUUUCACAUGGGACAGGACAUUGUCUUACCUGCAUUCUUUCUGUCUCCGACAAAUCCGCUUGAGAGAUCCUUGCACACUCUCGACAUACGGCGCUGCCUGGCCUUCUACAGAUCGAGGACCGAAUCUAUCCGACGUUCCAACAAGCUCUUUGUCAAAUACUCUGAACCGAAUCAGGGUCUUCCAGUUACCCCUCAAAGGCUCUCCAAGUGGAUAGUUCAUACAAUUACUCUAUCCUAUCAGCUGUUCAGGAUUGACUUACCUACAAUUCCAAGUAGGUAAGUCAAUCUAGUAAUUACCUAGUAAUUCCAAUUACUAGAGCUGUUGCUGCUGCUUCUGCCUUCGCGUUGGGAGUCCCAAUUGACGACGUCUGCAGAGCUGCCACUGGGGCAACUCCAUGUACAUUCGCUAAGUAUUAUCGGCUGGAUGUUUGUGCCAGGCAAGACUGCUCCUUUGGCAGAGCCGUUCUCUCGUCUAUUCUUCGCUAAGGACAC